UCUAAUAUCAUUCGUGCCCCCUCCCAUCUAAAGCACACCAAAACGGCAAAACCCUAGCAAUAAUUGACUGUAUUGAUCUCGAUAGCUAGCCACCCACGGAAUUUAAAGAACCUAAAGGAGAAGGAAGGUUAAACCACUCAACUGGGCAAACGCUGCGUCUUUCUCCUCCCCGCCUUUCUUUUUUCUCCCGCUUUUUCCUUUAAUUCUCUGUACAUUGAUCAACUUUCAAUUAUGACUGCCAAGAGCCAUCCUGCAGCAAUGCGAUUCAUUCCUGAUCAAAUUUCGAGAGAUUCUAUCUCAAACAACUAUAUUUCAUCUUCAUCAGAUUCGUUAAGAAGAGAACCAGCAAGAUGUUUGAUAUUGAGAGUCAAUGGGGAACUUUCACUUCUUGAUUUGGAUGACGGACGUGAGAGGAAUCUUACUGAUUCAGUUGAACUAUUUUGGGUUACCUGUGGCCAGUCUGAGGAUAAAACAAAUUUGAUUGAAGAAGUUUCAUGGUUAGAUUAUGGUCAUCGAGGCAUGCAGGUUUGGUAUCCAUCUCCAGGUGCUAAUUCUUUUAAGCAGGAGGACUUCUUGCAGUUAGAUCCGGAGCUGGAGUUUGAUCGCGAAGUAUACCCUCUGGGACUUCUUCCAAAUGCUGGUGUAGUAGUUGGUGUUUCUCAGAGAAUGUCAUUUUUAACUGGUUCAGAAUUUCCAUGUUUUGAGCCAUCUCCUCAAGCACAAACAAUAUUGCACUGUUUGUUGCAUCAUCUUCUUCAGAGGGACAAAAUUGAAGAAGCUUUAAGGCUGGCAGAUUUAUCAGCUGAGAAGCCUCAUUUUUCACAUUGUCUAGAGUGGCUUCUUUUUACGGUAUUUGAAGCAGAUAUAUCCAGUUUUGCUGCAAAAAUCUCUGGAUGCACCAGAUCCUCAAGUUAUUGAAGAUGCAUGGAACACGCUUGUUCAGAUGCAUGCACUGGAAAAGACUCCAAGGGGCCAUUAUGAACCUACAUUUUAUGAGAUUAUUGUACACCAUUUGUAGUUGUAAAUAGCAAUAAAUUAGUUUACAUAGGUCACUACUCUCUCCAUUAUUUAUUCAUUUCAUAUGUUGAACUAAAUCCUCCAUACUUCAUAGUAUAUUUAGGAGAUGAAGGCAAAUAUAUAUAGACCUUAAUGAAUAGGCUUAAAAUCUCAACCAGGAUUGGUAUCUAGGAGAUAGGUAAUGGCAAGGAUAGUUUAAUGAGAUAAAUCAAAAGAUAUUUUCGAUGUUAGAAUCCUAGAUGUAAGUAGUGUCCUUUAUCCCUUACUUUACUAAUACAAAUUUUAUAAGUUCUAUUAUAGUCUAGCAAAGCCUUUAUGUUCAUUUUCAAAUGUUUCAGGUAUAAAAGAUCCACUUACCUUUAUGAGCUAUGUAGCACCAGUAAUGGCAGUGGCAACUGCACUUCUCUCUCUUGCAUUAGAUCCAUGGCAUGAUCUCCAUAAAAACAUACUUUGAUGAUUCAUGAGUGGGUACCUGCCCUCUGUGAUGUCUCAAUUAGACCUGUUGGUUUUGGCAUCCUUCAGCACUUCCAAAGUCUACAAUCAAUCUGCUUGAAAUAUACUAUAAGUCGGUUGGUCC